AUGGCAAGGAAACCGGAUAUUUCCAGCUACUUCUCAGCAGUCAAAGGCGUUGAGACCCCUGCCAAGGACGAUCCAUCCCAGAGCGCCCCAUCCUCACCCCUCUCCUCAUGUCCAUCAAACCUUUCCUCACAGGACUUUUUAUCGCCCAAGACGACCAGAACUUCGAAAAGACCCCCGAGCCCGCUAAAAUUUAACUUCCAAAGCAGGCUAUUACCGUUAGACGAUGAAUCUAUCAACCAGGACUCAAAACCUAAUAUUUCCUCACAACAUAUGUCGUCAUUCGGAACUAGCUUAGGAAGCUCACAGCGGGUCGUCAAGGAUGGCCAAGUCAUUGUGACAGGCUCAGAUGGGGAAGACACCGAUUCUGUUUGUUCAGUUGGAUCUCUUGAUGACAUGCUAGACAACUUCCUUCGUCGUGACCCACCAACUCUUCCCCCGCAGACAAACAAUACUCGCAAGCGCAAAUUACUGACAUCUCCAAAGUACCACUUUUCUUUGGAAAGUUUAGUGGCGGAUACCCUUAACGAUAGGAAAACAGAAGCAAAAAUUUCUGAGCUAAAAAUGAAGCUUCAAAGUCCAGUCAGCAAUCGUGACAGAUCCAAUCCCAACCGAACUCCAAAACAAAGGAGCAGAAUGUUUCGUGAAGACAUCCUAGCCUCAGCCAUUGGCGAAGAAUCCAACACGGAUACACUGCAGAAGCUAAAAAAUGCUGUUUAUAGAACGGAGGCGUUUGAUCAAGAAAAGAGCUGGAGCUUUUUUUCUGAGAAGAUAUCGCCAACUACCCCUCCUAGAUUUCCCGAGAAGUCAGUUUCUCCUGGGUCUUGGGAGGCGGCUCUGAAAGUGCCUAUUUCUCGCGAUAGAGCUAUGCUCUCCGGCUUAGUAGGGGAGUCCUUGUCCAACAGUGUUCUUCCUGAUGAAGUUCUCCUUUGGAUACUCCAAUCGUGCACAUCAGAACCUCGAGACGAUAUCCGAUUUUCUUUUUGCAGCGCCCUCAAGAUUGCGCCAGCAAACCGAAUAGCGCAACUUUUCCAUCCUGCUAGCAUUGAUCGAAUAUUUGGCGACCUAGGCGCACGUCAGGAGGCUCUUGCAACCGAAGACAUUGUGGUUCCGACGUUCCUUCGAUCAAAAUGUCUGAGUGCGGGCGAGUGUAAAUAUAUUCUCUCGGUUUUAGAUCUCAUCAGCUGCCUGUCUCCAAAAUUAGAUUCGGAAGCUCGAAAUCACACUCUAAGGGUUCUUCUCCGUCUGACUCUAGAUGAAUCCUUUAUGCUUGACUCUCUUUCGUCAAUAGCGACUCAUCGGGCGAUAACGUCUCUCUUUGGGGACACAGACAUUUUCGUCACAGAUAUUGAUCUUUAUGAACUAUCUCUGCACCUUUUCAAAACAAUUCGGGAUGUUGCGCUCCAAAGUCAGGUACUAAAACAUAUUCGCCAUCCUGCUCCCCAAAUCGCUGUGUUUAGGUGCCGGCUGGCCGCUGCAUUCUUUUUCGAUGACGAAACGCUCCUGACAAAGCCGAUGGAACUUGUGUUUGAUUUAACCCGCAUGACUUCUCAACUGCGUGAUAAUCGCUUCAAGACCAACCGCCCAAGUUCUACGGGAUGGCAACCUUUUGAUUACUGGGAGCUUACUUCUUUAAUUUCUAUUUUAGAUGUUGCUAUCGACUCGGGCACAGGCGAAAGGACGUUCCCCGACAAACAAAGCGAAGCAGAAUUCAAUAGGAAGGUGGAUAAACUCGCUGGGCAGAUUAAAAUAAUAUUCUCUGCGAUACAAGACACGGGGGCUUCCCAUCUUAAACGGUCAGAAGCAAAGGAAUUUUUGCAGGCUCUAUAUUACAGACUGAUAUAUGCCGUUCGAACCAAGCCACAGCCAAAGGUUUCCUGGUUUCUGUCUCCUAAGGGAAAGAACGAGAUAUGGAGCGGAAUCCACAAAAGUGAGAAUUUGAUGGAAAAGUUUUUAAACCAGGGGAGAAAUAACGGCUCCAAUAAAGAGGGUUUAAAAUAA